AACUAGUUUUUGGGUCAACACCACUUUUUCUUUUUUUUUUUGAUAAAACGAAUUUUUUUUUAUGGGCAAAAACGUCUGAACCAGCAAUUAUAAAUACAUCAUAAGAGUUUGUCACGUUAAGCAGAAAAUUAAGAAAAUCCUAGUUCAGAAUCAUACUGAGAGAUCGAGAAGAUGGAAAAAGUAGUUUUGAGUGGUGUAAUACUACUUGUGGUGUUAUUCACGACAGAACUUAGAGUAGCAUCCGCAGGUUGGUUGAAAGCUCAUGCAACUUUUUAUGGUGGAAGUGAUGCCUCAGGAACAAUGGGUGGUGCAUGUGGGUAUGGAAAUCUCAACACAGAUGGUUAUGGAAUAAAAACAGCUGCUUUGAGUACUGCUUUGUUUAAUGAUGGAAAGUCAUGUGGUGGUUGCUAUCAGAUAGUUUGUGAUGCAAGCCAAGUGCCCCAAUGGUGCCUAAGGGGCACUUCCAUUACGAUCACUGCUACAAAUUUCUGCCCUCCAAACUAUGCACUACCUAGUGACAAUGGGGGUUGGUGUAAUCCUCCAAGACCACACUUUGACAUGUCUCAACCUGCAUUUGAGAUGAUCGCCAAAUACAAGGCUGGAAUUGUCCCAAUUUUAUACAGAAAAGUUGGGUGCAAAAGAAGUGGAGGCAUCAGAUUUACCAUCAAUGGGAAGGACUAUUUCGAACUGGUGCUUAUAAGCAACGUCGGAGGAGCAGGCGAUAUUUCUCUAGUUUGGAUCAAAGGGUCAAAAAUGAGUAACUGGGAAUCUAUGUCAAGGAAUUGGGGUGCUAACUGGCAAAGCUUAAGCUACCUCAACGGUCAGAGCUUGUCCUUCAGAAUCCAACUCAGCAAUGGAAAACUUCUCACAGCUUUUAACGUGGCACCGUCCAAUUGGAGAUUUGGCCAGUCUUUCAUCAGCAAGGUGCAGUCAUGAAUGGAAGAAUACAUACAAAUUUUACGCACCAUUCUUCCACUUCGUCUUUUUUUAUAAUAAUAUCUUGUUUCUGAUUUCUUUAUCCAAGGACUGUAUGUUAAACUUGUAUGCUUUCCAAGGGAU